UACGCACAUUCCCGAUAUAAACAGAUUGCCUUUCAGUUUCGGGCGCUAGUGCAUUAAUUCAUUGUUCUGCUCUCAGGAAGCAAAAAACUUUAUUUUUCUUUGUUUUUCGGAUCUAACAUUUCCAGAUUCUUAAUUAUUUAACAGCCCCUCAGCGUUGGUUUUCCGCAUAGUUUAGGUUCUAUUGUUUCCCUUUCGUUCCCUUUUCGUUAUUCAUUGUCUCACAUUGUUCCUGUUUUUCUUGAAUUUGGUUUAACAAGGGUGGGCCUGAAGUGGUGUUUUAGUUUUAUGUAAUUUUGUUGAUAUUUUUCUUUUUUUAAAUCAAUUUUUAUGCUGGAAUAUGGGUUUUUUUUUUUUAUUAUUUAUUGUUGUUCUAAAGUUUUUGAUUUAUAAGACUUUUGGGAAAUAUUUAGAAGUUGUAAGAUACGGCUUUCAAUGAAUUGUUGAUAUUCAAUUUGGUAUUGGAUGGACUGUUUCAAUAAAUUUGUUUAAACUUUUUGUGAAAGAUUGUUUUUUUCUCAUGCAUGCAUAUAAAAAUGGGUUGUGGCCGAUGUAAUUGAAAAGUUUAGAUUGAGUGAAUGCUUUGGAUUAUGUAUUUUUUGUUUUUUGUAUUGGAAUGGAUGAGUUUAAGCUUUUAUGAUUGGUGUUUGGGAUGGCUUCUUACUGUUAAAGGGACUUGUCUUAUGUGAAGUAAUUGCGUGAAAAGGAGGGGAUGUAGCUGCGUGAGGCAAUCAUGUAGAACGGUUUUGGAAAUUAGGGGUUUUUACAUCUUAAAUUGUCAGUCCAAUUGUAUUUUUUGCUGCUUUAGCAAGGAUUAGUUUUUCAACAUGCAGCAGAGGCUCAUGAAUGAGUUCAUUUUCUGAAAGAAGCUGAUGAUCCUUGCAGACAAAUUAAACUUAAAUGAGAAUGAAGAUGCAUUAGAUCUGACCAAGAGUCUGUUGUUUUGUAGUUUAAGCAGAGAUGAAAGGAGGAAAUAAUUAUAGAAUGAGAGGAAGACAUCUUUCUCUCACGCUAAUUACACUUCUUUUUACAACCAUUUUUAUUUGGGUUUGCGAAAAAAAUCCUUUUGUUACAACUGUACUGCCAGUCCAAGAUCAGUUUACGUGGUCUUCAUCAGCAUUUGAUGAAGAAGCUGGAAAUCAUUCCUUUCAAUCUAUAAGGCCAAAGGAGCAUAUGCAAGGAAAAAUUUCUGAAUCAAUAACUGAAGAAGAAACAAAAGAACCUGGUGUAAAGAAUUUAGACAGGCAAUUAACAAAUUUUACAACCUCGUAUAUUCCAGAGAGGAAAGAAACUGAUGGGGAAGGGAUGUUUUCAACCAAGAAGAAAGUAUGUAACUAUGCCAAGGGUAGUUGGGUUUCCGACAGCAGGCGUCCUUUGUAUCCCGGGUUUGGAUGUAAACAGUGGUUAUCAGAAAUGUGGGCGUGUCGAUUGACCCAACGUAAAGAGUUUUCUUAUGAGAGAUAUCGCUGGCAGCCAAAAGAUUGUGAAAUGCCAGAAUUUGAACGAUCUGCAUUUUUGCAAAGGAUGAAGGACAAAACAAUUGCAUUUGUAGGGGAUUCUUUGGGCAGGCAGCAAUUCCAAUCUAUGAUGUGUAUGGCCACUGGUGGACAAAUGAUCCAAGAAGUUGAAGAUGUCGGAAGGGAAUAUGGUCUUGUCAAACUACGUGGACAUGCUCGUCCUGAUGGCUGGGCUUAUCGUUUCCUUGCGACCAAUACCACCAUUUUAUAUUAUUGGUCAUCAACACUUGCUGACUUGGUGCCACUUAACAAUUCAGACCCCAAGUCUGAUGUUGCCAUGCAUUUAGACCGUCCACCAGCUUUCAUGAGUAAAUACCUCCAUCGGUUUGAUGUUUUAGUUCUCAAUUCAGGACAUCACUGGAACAGAGGGAAACUUAGAGCUAACCGAUGGGUUGUAUAUGUGAAUGGAAAACCUAAUGAAGAUAAAAGACUUGCAAACCUGGAGAGUGCCAAGAAUUUUACGGCUUACAGUGUGGCUAUGUGGCUUGACUCUCAGCUUCCAUUCCAUCCUCGACUUAAAGCAUUCUUUCGGACAAUCUCUCCAAGACAUUUCCGCAAUGGGGACUGGAAUACUGGUGGUAGCUGUGAUAAUACCACCCCUUUAACCAGAGGAAACAAAGUUAAGCAAGAUAGAUCAAGUGAUGAAAUUGUUGAAGCUGCCAUUAAGGGUACAAAAAUAAAACUUCUGGAUAUAACUGCUCUUUCAGAACUGAGAGAUGAGGGUCACAUAUCCCAUUACAGUAUCAAGGCAAACCAAGGCAUUAAUGAUUGCUUGCAUUGGUGCCUACCUGGAAUUCCAGACACAUGGAAUGAACUCCUUGCCGCACAGGUGUAGUUCCUGCAUUAUAUCUGUUGGUAAGACAUUAACGAAUAUGAACUCUAUGAUUCAAUUAGGUGAAAAUCAACCUGUUUUUGAUAGUCAAUAAUUAUUUACACAAGUCAGCUUUCUUGUUGAUUGUAGAAUAGUAAAGAACCUUUCUUCUAAUUCAUUUCAUAUAUUUGAAACAGCAAGUAGAACUCUAAAAGUUUCAGCUCUA